UCAGCAUCCUCUGAAUCUUCUUCGCUCAGGAGAAAAGGGUUUAAAGGCCGGAUCAUUAAAUUCACAUCAUUCUGCCAGGAAAUGGCGACGAGCGCGAGGUGAAGCCGGUAGAGUCUGUGUCCGAACUCCGAGCUGCCGACUUUACUUUAGAUUUGUUUCGUCUACUGGCCAGGCAGGCCGAUGAAGAUGAUGCGUGAUGGACUGAAGUUGUGGAGUAAUGGCUCAGAGGCCCACAGCAGUGACCCUGAGGAAGAUGAGGAUGAGGAGGAGAUGUUAUUUGGGGAGAAUGAUGAAGAGUCAGAGGACAUGAUGGACUUGAGUGACCUGCCCACCUCACUGUUUGCCUGCUCUGUACAUGAGGCUGUGUUUGAGGAGGACAGGCAGCGGGAACGUUUCGAAUCACUGUUUCGGAUCUACGACGAUCAAACAUCCUUCCAGAUGUUUAAGAGUUUCCGGAGAGUGAGGAUCAGCUUCAGUACACCAGAGGCUGCUGCACGCGCUCGCAUCGAGCUACACGAGUCGGAGUUCAACGGUUCCAAACUCAAACUUUAUUUCGCACAGGUGCAGAACUCAGGUGAGGAUGUGGACAAGGCGUAUCUGGCUCCACCCCAACCUGUGAAGCAGUUCCUCAUCUCUCCACCCUCAUCCCCACCUGUGGGGUGGAGCCAAAGCGAAGACGCCACCCCUGUCAUCAAUUAUGACCUUCUGUGUGCAGUGGCCAAACUGGGCCCAGGGGAGAAAUACGAGCUGCACGCAGGUACGGAUUCCACUCCUAGCGUGGUCGUGCACGUGUGCGAGAGCGAGACGGAGGAGGAAGACGAGGCCCGGCCCAAGAUGAAAAUCGUCCAGACACGACGUCCCGACAGCCCUCCGAAAGUCUUCAACUAAACCCGCCUCUCUGCACGUGUCCUCUGUCUAAAUCUGUCUCUCUCUCUCUCAUAUGGAGGCAAAGACACCCUUCAUUUCAGCUCUAAUUUAAAAAAAAAAACCUUAUAAAAUCAGAAAGAAAUUUAGAGGGGAGAGCGUUUGUCGCUCGCGAUGGGAAAGGACGGACCGGGUUAGUCUUGACUGGAAGAACUGACACACAGACACGCCACCGUCUCACAGAAAAGCAAAAGGUAGCAUGGAAAAAAAGGGAGGGGGGUGGUAAGAAACCUCCUGCAAUCAGAGCACUUUUCAUUCACUCAUUCACACACUCCUGUAGUCUCAAAUUAGUGUAGCAUUAGAGGAUCGGUAGAAAUCUAAAUGUAUCUAAAUGUAGAAGUAGCAGCUGAAGUAGUGGUUUCAUAUCAGACUUUAUUUCUAGCAUUCAGUAACUGAUCAUGGAGGAUUAACACACAAGGGAAAGCAACGUUUUUCUUUUUUCUUUUUUGCAUAUCUUGACUUCACAGAUCAGGUGAUGUGUUGGGUUUAUACAGUCCACGUGAUCAGGAUGCGUGUGUGUUAGUGAUGCAUUAAGAUGCAGGCAGAUAGCCAGAAGUUAAUUGAACACACACACACACACACCACGCGGUUGCUGACUUCUGAAAGGGAUAGUUGGAAUUUUUUUUUUUUUUUUUACUUAUAAACUUGGAAAUGUUUGUUUACUAAACUAUAUGUGUGUUGUUGUGAUUAAUAUUGUUCUUACCAUGUAUUUUAUACCACAAGCAUUCUUUGCAUGUUAACAGCUGUAGCUAAACACGGAGCGUUUUAUACCGAACGGCAGAAAUCAAACGAUCCUGAAGUUAGCCUUUGAUACGUAUCCUGCUCCUGCUCAGGAGUCCAGAAGGCUGUAAAUGAGGCUUUACGAUCAGAAAGGUUGUCUGUAUAUCUCUAGGGGUUUUUUUUUUUUUUAGAGCUAGACGUGUCCUGCUGUGAGUUACAGAGGAGGAAACCUUUUACUCGUUUUAAUUUUCAUUUCUUUCAGUCUAUUCUAAGCACUGUGCUUUCCGUCUGUUUCUGCUCAGCUUGCUUGGUGUUUUGUGAAAUCCAAAAUCUCUUUUUUGUCAAAAAAAACAAAAACAAAAAAAUAAACCCUGAACGGAUGAAAGACGUCACAUGGACUACCCUUUAACUUGUAAAAUAAGGUGUCAUGUGAUUAACAUUUUGUGAUGGGAAGAGACAGUCACAUGGAGGGAAAGCAACAUGAAAGUAGGUUUUAGGGGAAAUGUAAUCUUGACCUUAUAGGAUAAAAAAAAACAGGCUUAAAAUCCUGUAAGGUAAUCCUAAAAAGCGUUCAUUUUGUGGUCUUGAGGCACACCGGUUUUAUACUUCGCAGCCAGGUGCACCAGCAGAACGUAAGCUCUUUCAUAGGCUGAUUAAACCUUAAAUCUUAAAACUUUCCACCAAUCCCCCUAAAAGACACAACAUUCGUUAAGCCAGUUCAAACUGGACACUUACCUCUAUUUUGUUUUCUUUGCAGAUGGUUUCUUCAUAGAGAUAGAUGUGAUUUAUGUUCACUGCUUAGGGACAAAUCACGGGGAGAAAAAAAGGUUUCUCUAACGGGGAUUAUUAAAAAGGAAGGGAUUCUAAUACAAUGUGCAAAAUGUCAUCAGACUGAGGCUUUGGCGUGGAAAAUAUCCACUACAAGCAAACCAUUUUAAAAGGUAACCGUUAAAGCGGAACAAAACUGUCUGAAAAGCACAUCCAUAUGUGGAUCAGUGGACUAGGCGUUAGUUAUAUUUCUCUGGUAUGAUAUGUUAGAGGUGAGUACGUUUGCCUCUCACCUCCAGGGAAGGCGAUUCCUGCCUCCACCCCAGGUGACUUUGCAUGCUCUCCAUGUGGUACUCCGUUUCCUCCCCCAGUAUCCAAAGACAUGCUUUGUAGGUGAUCUCUCUUGGCAUCCUGUAGUGUGUGUGUGCAUGAGAUUAUGCCCUGCAAUGGGUCGGAACCCUGUCCAGGGUGUCCCCCUGCCUUGUACCUUGAAUCCCCUGGGGUAGACUCCAGGUUCCCUGAGACUCUGUGUAGGAUAAGCGCUAUAGAAGAUACAUGGAUGGAUGGAUUUUUUUUUACAAAAAUCCUGUUAAAUUUAUAGCAUUAGAGCCCAAACAGCAGAACAGAGCAAGUGCAUACAAAAGAUGCAUAAUAUAAUAUAAUUGAAACAUAAUUUUAUUGUAAGGAAGAAUCCUGGUGAUUAGUUGUGGGAUACCUAACAGGUCUGGUGCAGCUGAAGUUCUCCACGCUGCUAGUGCUUUAAAUGAAGUACUCUCAACAUAUGGUUUAGGAUCGACUUGCGUUCAGCUGGUGUAGCUGUUGAGGAAUUAUUCUUCUUAUUUUUCUUCUUCUUAGGAUUGUUAUAUAGAUCAGUUUGUUUCUUUGCAUGACCUGACAACAUGACUACAUUGUGAAAGCAAAAAAAUCAGCUACAAAGAAAGGAGUAAGAACACAAACACAGAUCAGAAGCUCAUGUAUAUUUUGUACAGUGGUAAGAACAUCUCUAAAUCUCUAAAUGAAGCUUGAUUCCUGGCAGAAACAUGUUGAUUGCUUUGUAUAAUGCUUGUUGUAAGUUGUUCUAAGCAGCGUGGACGUUGUCGCUUUCUAUCAUUCUCUCUGUCACGGUUGUCAUCUUCCUUGCCGUCUAUUGUGUCCUUUUACCAUGUCAUUUACUGCGUCAUUCUUGUUGUCAUUUUAACACGACACUAUGCCUAUUGUCUUCUCGUGCCGUUCUUCCUGCCGCCUCAUUUGCCGUCUAAAUUUACAAGCCUGUAUAAACGUCUUGUCUUGGUUUGACUAGUAACAAAGUGCUUCGCAGUGACAGAUGCUCAUUAAUUUCCUUAUAAACUGGUCUAAGUAUUUUCAAAAAGUCAACCUGACUCAUGUGUAGUACUUGAGUGGUUUUCUUGGAAGAGGGAAAAUGAACAAUUCUUCGUCCAUAGCACUUUAUGCAGUCGUUCUGUUUAUAUAGACCAUAAUGAGUCGGUCAGCAAAGAAGACGAGAGGCAGUAAGACGCAAAUAAGGAGCAGGAUUAAUGUAACAGUCAGAUGAAAGAGCACAUCAAACCAACCAGGUGUACAAGACAACAUUAUGACAGUGACAAAGCAGUGGCCUGAGAGCUCGAACAUAUUUUGUUUCCUGGCUUUUAUUUAUUUUUUAUUCGUAGUUGCCAGGUUCAACAAGAGAAGGAGGAAAAUAAACCCUACGUCAUACCGAUUUAUGUUGAUGUCCUAGAAAAUAAGGGCUGUGGCUACACAGUCAUCUACUCCUUCCCCAGGAAUUCAUGUAUAUUAUAUUUCUAUUAAUGCCCUUGUUUUUUAACCCAGUAAAUGUUUAAAUACCCUGGAGCUUCCACUUGCCCUGUGGCUAGCUAGAAUUCACUUCAAUUCAUUUUAAUUCUAUAGCACUUUUAACAUUUUAUUGUCUCAAAGCAGCUUUAGAAAAUGUAGAAACAUAGAAUAAAAAUGAUAAAGUUUAAAAUUAAGUUACUAGUUGUCUCUAAUAUUUAUGCCUAAUGAGCAAGUCUGAGGCGACGGUGAAAAGGAUAAACUCCCUAAGAUGAUAUGAGGAAGAAACCUUGAGAGGAACCAGACUCAGAAGGGAACCUCCUCUUCUUUUGGGUCACACUGGACAGUAAAUAAUGUAAAUGUAAAUAAAUGUCCACCCCUUUACAUCAGUAUUAUACAAUACAGUCAACAUGUUUCUGGUUUAAAUCUGGCUUUCUCCCAGAAAAGAAUGGGAAAGUUUUCCUGUGAUCCCAAAGCCUUUCGAUAACGAUGAGGAUUCAUACAACUUGUCCUGUUUUUUUUUUGCGAAAGACAAGUUUCAAAUGUUAAAAACGCACAUGAACAAAUCCCACAAUACUCCACGUUGACCAGACGCUCUGCGGGAAGCUGGGGGAGCAUUUCAGCAUAACCACAUGCAAUUUCUAAUGUGUUCUUAUGUAAAAAAAAAAAACAAA